UCCAAUCGAGCGCACCUUCUCAAUGGCGGCGCCCAUGAGUAACGAAAAUCAACACAUAGUUUCUUCGCCAGAUUCAUUUCCCGUGCGGACCAAACAGUGUGCUGUAGAGAUAAACAAUCAUAAAACAGAGCUGCUGUGUUCACAGUUCGGGGACAGGACUUUCCUUGUAGUCACACAGUACAACAAAGUUGGAACACUUGUAUCGGUCACUAAUGCCCGAGUGACAGAUGCCACCGGUGCUACAGCGUCCAUGCCUAACAUUGAUGUUCUCAUGGGAAAUGACCAGCCAAUGACACAUGUUGUUGCCAGGAAUCUAAUUACCCAGAUACCGCUGUCCAAGCCCAUACUGUUGUCUAUCGCUCUGAAGGAUAACAGCCCUAAAACAGUGAAGGCUAUUGCCAAGAUCCUUCCAACAUUGAUGUAG